GAAGUUGAGGCCGGAGCGGACGCGGCGGCGGCGCCGGGCGGAGGCCGCGGCUCCGGCACCCCCGAACCCCCCGGGCCCCGCGCCGCCCCCGCGCCGGCCCCGCCAUGCGCAGGGAGAUGAACGGGGUCACUAAGAGCCGCUUUGAGAUGUUCUCAAACAACGAUGAAGCUGCAAUCAACAAAAAACUGCCCAAAGAGCUGCUGCUUCGAAUUUUCUCUUUCCUGGAUGUGGUCACUCUGUGUCGUUGUGCUCAAGUUUCCAGGGCAUGGAAUGUUCUGGCCCUGGAUGGCAGUAACUGGCAGCGAAUUGACCUGUUUGAUUUCCAGAGGGAUAUUGAGGGCCGAGUGGUGGAGAACAUCUCCAAGAGAUGUGGGGGAUUCCUGCGCAAGCUGAGCCUGCGCGGCUGCCAGGGAGUGGGGGACAACGCCUUAAGGACCUUUGCCCAGAACUGCAGGAACAUCGAAGUGUUGAACCUCAAUGGUUGUACCAAGAUCACGGACGCCACCUGCACCAGCCUCAGCAAGUUCUGCUCCAAACUCAGGCACCUGGAUUUGGCUUCUUGCACCUCCAUCACCAACCUGUCCCUGAAAGCACUCAGCGAGGGAUGCCCGCUGCUGGAACAGCUCAUCAUCUCCUGGUGUGACCAAGUGACCAAGGACGGGAUCCAGGCGCUGGUGCGGGGCUGCGGGGGGCUCCGGGCCCUGUCCCUCAAGGGCUGCACCCAGCUGGAGGACGAGGCCCUCAAGUUCAUUGGUGCCCACUGUCCUGAGCUGGUGACCCUGAACCUGCAGACCUGCCUGCAAAUCACAGAUGAUGGGCUCAUCACCAUCUGCAGGGGCUGCCACAAGCUGCAGUCCCUGUGUGCUUCUGGCUGCUCCAACAUCACCGACGCCAUCCUCAACGCCCUGGGACAGAACUGCCCACGCCUCCGAAUACUGGAAGUGGCGCGGUGCUCCCAGCUGACCGACGUGGGCUUCACCACCCUGGCCAGGAAUUGCCAUGAGCUUGAAAAAAUGGAUCUGGAAGAGUGUGUCCAGAUUACAGACAGCACACUAAUCCAGCUUUCCAUACACUGUCCACGGCUGCAGGUCCUGAGUUUAUCCCACUGCGAGCUGAUCACGGACGAUGGGAUUCGUCACCUGGGCAACGGCGCCUGCGCCCACGACCGGCUGGAGGUGAUCGAGCUGGACAACUGCCCCCUGAUCACUGACGCCUCCCUGGAGCACCUCAAGAGCUGCCACAGCCUCGAGAGGAUAGAACUGUACGACUGCCAGCAGAUCACGCGGGCCGGGAUCAAGAGACUCAGGACCCACCUGCCCAACAUCAAAGUCCACGCCUACUUCGCCCCGGUGACCCCCCCGCCCUCGGUGGGCGGCAGCCGACAGCGCUUCUGCAGAUGCUGCAUCAUCCUAUGACACUGGAGCCUCCUCCCGGCCAGCUGGGGCUGGAACCACGCCUGGGAAUUGCCCGGAUCUCCAGAACCUUGGAGGAAAAGCGCCCCCAGUGUCAUUUGCCAGGGCCAGUGAGCAGGGCUGGGCUGCCCUGCAGCCACCCACACACCCCCUGUGAUCCCGGCGGGAUGAGGGACUGGGGAUGGAGCUGCAGCUGGGCCUGGGUGGGCCUGAUCCUGAACCAUUCCUGCUGGGAAUCCCUGGGAAUAGCCCUGGCCAGGAGGGGAGGGCUCCCAGCCUGCAGGGACUGAUGCUGCUGGUGAGGUUGGAAAAGGAACCGAGAUCCUUGGGAGUGGGGAGAGGGGAGAGGAGAGGAACACGCUUUAAUUUAACCCCCUUGUGCAGGAGGAAAAACCCCAACAAACCUGGAAACCCAAACAAAACCUGAGAACCCCAACAAAACCUGAAAACCCAAACAAAACCUGAAAACCUCAACAAAAUCUGAAAACUCAAACAAAACCUGAAAACCCAAACAAAACUUGAAAACCCCAACAAAACCUGAAAACCCCAACAAAACCUGAAAACUCAAACAAAACCUGAAAACCCAAACAAAACCUGAAAAUCCCAACAAAACCUGAGAACCCCAACAAAACCUGAAAACCCAAACAAAACUUGAAAACCCCAACAAACCUGAAAAACCCAGCAAAACCUGGAAACCCCAACACAUUCCAUGUCCGUUUGUCAGUGAGGGAAUGAAACAGCAGCUGCUGAGCCAGAAUUUCCCUGGGAUCCAGAAUUUCCCUGGGAUCCAGAAUUUCCCUGGGAUCCCAGAUUUCCCUGGGAUCCAGGAUUCCCCUGUGCUUCCCUGCUCCCACCUGAGCAUGCUCACAUGAAGGCUCAUCUUCCCUGUGUCAGAGGCUUCCCAGAUUGUUGUGAUAGACCUUGGAAUUUCUAAUUCCAGAUAUUUUACCCUCCCCAAAUCCUGCCUUUUUUUUUUUUUAACCUUUUUUUUUCCCAAAUUUUUCUUCCAAAUUCAGUAAUUUGUUGAGAUUUCCCAGCAAACCCAUAAGGAAUUUUUCCCCAGGAGAAGCCUGAGCCUGUGAUGAACUGUCAGGAAGAUCUGAAAGGAGCACAGGGAGCUGCACCCACCCCAGGCUGGGCUCUCCUGGCCUGUGUGAUCAGGCACUGGGUGUCCAAACUUCUCCCAAAUCCAGGUUUUAUCCCAAUGACAGGGAUAUAAUCCUCCACACAGGGAAUAACAGAUAUACAAAUUAAUAGAUAUACAAACGUAUUUGUAUACAAACAAAUUAAUAGAUAUACAAACGUAGAAUUCUCAGCACAGGGAGAAAGUCCCAGCCCGUGUUCCAAGGACUGAGAGUUCCCUCCUCCCGUCCUUUCCCUCCAUCCUCCCCCAAGGAAAAGCCAAGUAGAGCUUUUUGCUUGUUGCCCUGAUGAAGAAUUAAGGAUUCCCUGAUGGAGCAGGGCUGGGAUCCUCCCUCACUCCCUGUGGGGGCCCUUCCUGCCCUCCCCACCUGUCCAGGUAAGUGUGGAGCCCUGCAGGGAGCCCUGGAUGGGCUUUGGAUGUGCCAGGCCCAGCUCUGGGGCAGGAGGAGGGGUGGGGGGGGGUCAGUGGCUGCUUUUUUGGGGUGUUUCAGGCUCCAGGGGAGCCCAGAGUGCUGAAAUGCCAGGGUGGAACUGCUGGGCAGAUCCCAAGGGGUGAAGGGGCAGGGCAGGUCCGUGGCUCCGUGUCCGUCGUUCCCGCUGUCCGUGCGGGGAGCUCGGGGCUGCCCUGGCCCGAGGGCUUUGGCUUCCCCUGGCUGCUGAGGAAUCUCCUGGUGGGGAAGGAGCAGCUGCAGCAGCAGGAGGGGCUGUUCAGGGGCUGGAAGGGGGGGAUUUUCCCACCAGGAAUUCCAAGGACAAUGAGCUGUUCCCAGCAGGAGGGUCCCAGGUGCCCCUGGAGCUGCCCCCCUUCAUCUCCCCCAGCCUGGGAGCAUCUCCAGGCUGCUGUGGUUAAAAGGAUACUGUCAAUGCCCUCCUGUAGGUGGCUUUUAAUCCCUUAUAUUUAUUCAAAUCCUCUUUAGCGCUGUGGAUUCUCCCCCUCUCCUCGGGCGCCUUCAUUUCCAGAACUUUCUCCGGGUUUCAGGGUGGCAGAAGAUGGUGGUGACAGAGUGGACGGGCGAGGGGUCACCCAGCAAUCACAGGAUUUGCACAACUCUGGGAAAAUAAAAGAAAACAAACAAAACACUUUUGUUUAGUUCCUACUGUGGCAGGGGAGAGCGAAGAGCAGGAUUUUGGCUGACUGAUCCCUUUGGAACAGAGCAGAGUUUUCCAGGGAAAACUCCAGAACACAGAACCCAAAGCAAUUUCUUUUCUGUUUGCAGACCAGGGUGACAGCAUUAAGGUAGCUCAAACUUCUUGACAGUGUCCUUUUAAGUCAAUUAUCCGUCUUCAAAUGGACUCUUCCUGAUGUUUAUAUUUAUAAAUACCAAUAAACACCAUUUUCCAA